UGUUUGCAUUUACAAUGGAGAGGUGGAGCCAUCAAGACCAGUUUAAAAAAAGAGAACUACCUGAUCACACACUAGUCCUGAUGAAAGCGUGCAGGGUUUGUAGCUUACAUUACUGCAGGAAAUAAGCGCCUGGAUCUCAACUCAAAACCCACUGGACUGGCACUGGGAGAGAAUACCCAGGAGCAUCUUGACACUGAGCUGACAACUGGUACAAACACAUUAUAUAUAUAUAUAUAUAUAUACUGCCGCUGAGUUGCCAGGACCAUUGAAAAACCAGUCCAAUGCUUGCCGUCAUGGAGCAAUGGGACAUGGAUACUGGCUGUCACAUUGACAAAACUGCCAUGUAUCUGUUACUCAUGAUUUUGAAGCUGGUACUGGAUGCAUUAGUGUUUUACUUGUGCUGCCAGAAGCUCUAUACAUUAUUUUUAAACAUGUGCAGCCUGUCUCUCGUACUGUUCGACUUGCUACUGGUGAUUUUUAUGGCAACAGUGUGGAUUCUUGGCACUGAAAAAUCACUUGUGUCACCAUGCUUCGUCUUGGCUAAUGCAUCAGCUGCAUAUGGAGCACUACCGUUACCCAUGAUGUUCCUUGGAUUUCUGGACUACUGUUUACAAGAUGCAUCUCCCUGCAAUCAAAGACCUUUUUGCAAACUCGUGGGGAAUGCGAUCUUGACAUUACUAGUGUGGAUUCUGGCCAUUACUUACACAUUUGGUCAUGUCCAAAGUGAGCGGGUAGAACUAGACAAUGCGAAAGUUGUAUUAGUGUGUAAAGUAGAUAUGUCUACAGUGAUUAAAUACUUUGUGUCAGGGCUUUUCAUGGCAGUCAUUUGUAUGAUGCUACCCUUUUGCUCGAUGAUUCCCCGCUGGGUGAAAGAGGCUGACAGGAUAUCUGAAGCGAGGGAAGAAGAAGAAAAGAAGAGGAGCGAUCUGUUCACCUUAACUAAUUGCAUUGAGGAAAAAAACUGUGAGAAGAAUUACCUGGAGGACACUAACUGGCCACGCCCCCCUCUGUGGUUCAGUCUAACACUGGGAUUUGGUUUGUUUUGGUUGCCUUAUCUGGCUGUCUCUGUAGCCUGUAUGUGCUUUGGCAUGGAGAUACCUGGCUACCUCAGUGUCAACAUUCUAUGGUUGGAGUGUGCCAACAGUUUACUUCUAGGUUUGGUGUUUUGGGCAAAAAGUAAGAUGCAAGGUCCAUACAGCCAACUACCGGAAAACGUGUGCUCAUGGAAUGUUUUCUGGCAUCUGAGCAAAGGACAACAAUGGCAGCCAAACUCCAUGGCUGUGAUCAUCCCAUUAAAAAAGAAGAAAAAAACUCUCCUCUGUGUUUAAUAUGUAUAUGUAUAGUAUGUGUAAUAUAUGUGAAUAAAGACUCAA